AUGACGACGCAGAUGGAAACGCACAUCCAAUACAACCAUUGCUACAUGAUGACUGAAGACUACAUGGCACAGGAGGAAGACUGGGAUCGGGAUUUACUGCUUGACCCAGCCUGGGAAAAGCAACAGCGAAAGACAUUCACAGCUUGGUGCAAUUCCCAUUUGCGGAAGGCCGGGACACAGAUUGAGAAUAUUGAAGAAGACUUCCGGAAUGGCCUAAAACUCAUGCUCCUAUUAGAGGUGAUUUCAGGUGAGCGGUUGCCAAAGCCAGACAAGGGCAAGAUGCGUUUCCACAAAAUUGCUAAUGUCAACAAGGCCCUGGACUUCAUUUCCAGUAAGGGGGUGAAGUUGGUAUCCAUUGGAGCUGAGGAAAUUGUGGAUGGAAACCUGAAGAUGACUCUGGGUAUGAUCUGGACAAUCAUCCUCCGAUUCGCUAUCCAGGACAUCUCAGUGGAAGAAACUUCGGCCAAAGAGGGGCUGCUGCUGUGGUGCCAAAGGAAGACAGCUCCCUACCGGAACGUCAAUGUGCAGAACUUCCACAUUAGCUGGAAGGAUGGCCUGGCACUCUGCGCCCUGAUCCAUCGGCAUCGUCCCGACCUCAUUGAUUACGCCAAGCUCAGAAAGGAUGAUCCCAUUGGGAACCUCAAUACAGCUUUUGAAGUGGCUGAGAAAUAUCUGGAUAUCCCCAAGAUGCUGGACGCAGAAGAUAUUGUCAACACCCCCAAACCAGAUGAGAAAGCCAUCAUGACAUACGUUUCUUGUUUCUAUCAUGCUUUUGCUGGUGCGGAGCAGGCUGAGACAGCAGCCAAUAGGAUCUGCAAAGUGCUGGCUGUCAAUCAAGAGAAUGAGAAACUGAUGCAGGAGUAUGAAAAGCUGGCCAGUGAGACUCUGGCCUCCGAUCUCCUACAGUGGAUUGAACUGACCAUCUUGACCCUGAAUGACCGGAAGCUGGCUAACUGUCUGAGUGGCGUGCAGAACCAGCUGCAGGCUUUUAAUACCUAUCGCACGGUGGAGAAACCAGCCAAAUUCACAGAGAAGGGGAAUCUCGAAGUUCUGCUCUUCACCAUCCAGAGUAAAAUGAGAGCCAACAAUCAGAAAGUUUACACCCCACGGGAAGGCAGGCUGAUUUCUGACAUCAACAAGGGCUGGGAGCGCCUGGAAAAGGCAGAGCAUGAGCGGGAGCUGGCUCUGCGCAAUGAAUUGAUUCGGCAAGAGAAACUGGAACAGCUGACAGCUCGCUUCGACCGCAAAGCAGCCAUGCGAGAAACCUGGCUGAGUGAAAACCAGCGCCUCGUCUCCCAGGACAACUUUGGCUCAGAUAUUUCAGCCGUGGAGGCUGCCGUGCGCAAACACGAAGCCAUCGAGACGGACAUUGUGGCCUACAACGAGCGGGUGACGGCUGUGAAUGCCGUGGCCGAUGAGUUGGAGGCAGAGGGCUACCACGACAUCAAGCGGGUGCUAGCACGUAAGAACAACGUGGUACGACUCUGGGACUACCUCCGCGAACUGGUGGCUGCUCGUCGCGAACGCCUCCAGCUCCACUUUGAGCUGCAGAAAAUACUUCAGGACUUGACCUACCUCAUGGACUGGUUGGAAGAAAUGAAGGGUCGCCUCCAAUCUCAGGACUUUGGGAAACACUUGCAUGGUGUGGAUGACCUGCUUCAGAUUCAUGCUCUGGUGGAAGCCGACAUUGCUGUCCAGGCCGAACGGGUAAAAGCCAUCAGUACUGCUGCUCAACGUUUUGCCACUCCUGGAGAAGGAUACAAACCCUGCGAUCCCCAUCUUGUCGAAGAGCGAGUGGCAACGCUGAACCGGUGCUAUCAGGAACUGGUGGCCUUGGCCGCCCAACGCCGUGCCAAGCUGGAGGAGUCACGCCGCCUCUGGAAGUUCUUCUGGGACAUGGGGGAGGAGGAGGCCUGGAUCCGCGAACAGAGCCAGAUCCUCUCCUCCGAUGACUUCGGCAAGGACUUGACGAGCGUGCUGCGCCUCACCAGCAAGCACAACGCUUUCCGGGACGAGAUGACGGGCCGGGCUGGGCCGUUGCAGCAGAGCAUCGCCGAAGGUCGGCAGCUGGUGUCCGAGGGCCACUUUGGAGCUACCGAGGUGGCCGAGCGGAUCCAGGAAAUCGAAGAGCAGUGGGAUCAGCUGGAGGCUCUGUCAAGUGAGCGGGAACGGCGUCUUCUCCAAGCCUCCAACCUUUAUCAGUUCCAGGCCGAUGCCAACGACAUGGAGGCCUGGUUGCUGGACACUCUCCGCUUGGUCUCCAGCUCGGACAUGGGCCACGACGAAUACUCGACCCAGAGCCUGGUCAAGAAGCACAAGGACGUGGAGGAAGAGAUUCACAACCACCGGCCGGCCCUGGAUGCCCUCCACGAGCAGGCCCGCAGCUUGCCCUCCAACUUUGCCCAUUCCCCCGAAGUGGACGGGCGCUUGCCAGCCCUGGAGCAGCGCUACGAAGAACUGGUGGAGCUGGCUGAGCACCGCAAACAGGCCCUGCAGGACGCCCUUAACCUUUACAAGAUGUUCAGCGAAGCCGACGCUUGCAGCCUUUGGAUCAGCGAGCGGGAGUACUGGAUCGAAACGAUGGACGUGCCGGAGAGGUUGGAAGACCUGGAAGUGGUGCAGCAAAGGUUUGAGACCCUGGAGCCAGAAAUGAAUAACCUGGCCUCUCGCAUCGCGGCAGUCAACGAGAUUGCAAGCCAGCUUUUGGGCGCCGAUCACAGAAACAAGGAAAGCAUUCAAGCCACCCAAGAACAGCUCAAUAUUCGGUGGCAGCAGUUCCAGUCCUUGGCGAGCCAAAAGAAGGAGGCCUUGACCUCGGCCCUCAGCAUCCAGAACUACUUCUUGGAGUGCAACGAAACCAAGGCUUGGAUGCGGGAGAAAACCAAGGUGAUCGAAUCGACCCAAGGUCUGGGCAACGACCUGGCAGGGGUGAUGGCUCUGCAGCGCAAGCUGGCUGGCAUGGAGCGUGAUCUGGAGGCCAUCCAGGGCAAAGUCACGGACUUGCACGAGGAGGCAGACCGGUUGUCGGCCCAGCACCCGGAACAAGCCGCCGCCAUCUCCAGCCGGCUCGCCGAAAUCGACGGGACUUGGGACGAGCUGCGGGGAACCAUGCGGCGUCGCGAGGAGUCCCUGGGAGAAGCCAGCAAGCUUCAGGGCUUCCUGCGGGACCUGGACGACUUCCAGGCGUGGCUCUUGCGCACCCAGACCGCCAUCGCCUCCGAGGACGUCCCGGCUACCCUGCCAGAGGCAGAGCAGCUGCUGAGCCAACACGAGACCAUCCGGAACGAGGUGGAGCAUUACAAGGCCGACUACCAGCGCUUGCGGACCAUGGGGGAAGAGGUGACGCAAGGCCACACCGACGCCCAGCACAUGUUCCUUCAGCAGCGCCUCCAGGCCCUCGACACAGGAUGGAACGAACUCGGGCAGAUGUGGGAGAACCGGCACCAGCUGCUUUCGCGGGCUUACAGCUUCCAGAUCUUCCUGAGGGACACCAAGCAAGUGGAAGGUGUGCUCAGCAACCAGGAAUAUGUGUUGACUCACACCAGCAUGCCCAGCUCUCUCCAGGCUGCCGAGGCUGCCAUUAAGAAACACGAAGAUUUCAUGACCACCAUGGAAGCCAACGGAGAGAAGAUCAAAGGCCUGGUGGACUCUGGGCGGAAACUCAUCCUGGAAGACAGCCUGCACUCUGACAAGAUCCAGGAGAAGGUUAACUCUAUUGACAGUCGACACAGAAAAAACCAGGAGGCAGCUCAAGAUCUCCUGGCUCGGCUCCGGGACAAUCGAGUCCUUCAACAUUUCCUCCAAGAUUGUCAAGAGCUCACCCUGUGGAUCAACGAAAAGAUGCUCUCAGCCCAGGAUAUGUCCUACGACGAAGCCCGAAACCUCCACACCAAGUGGCAGAAGCACCAGGCCUUCAUGGCGGAGUUGGCCUCCAACAAGGGCUGGCUUGAGAAGAUCCAAAAGGAUGGGGAGCAGCUGGUGUCCGAGAAGCCCGAACUGGAGCCCGUGGUGAGAGCCAAGCUGGAUGAACUCCAGAAACUCUGGCAAGAAUUGGAAUCCAGCACCCAGAGCAAGGCUCAGUGCCUCUUCGAUGCCAACCGGGCCGAGCUCUUCACCCAGAGCUGCUCGGCCCUGGAGGCUUGGCUCAGCGGCCUGCAGGCUCAGCUGCACUCCGACGACUAUGGCAAGGACCUGACCAGCGUCAACAUCUUGCUCAAGAAACAGCAGACUCUGCAGAAGGAGAUCCAAGGUCACCAGCCGCGGAUCAACGACAUUGUGGGGAGGUGGCAGGGGCUGGCGUGCAGCGGUCUGGAGGCGGAGCUUCAGGGCCGAGUCGAGACGCUAGAGGAGAUAUGGCGGGAGCUGCAAGACCAGGUGGACCAGAGGCGCGGGCGGCUGGAGAAAGCCCAAAUGGCCCAGCAGUUUUACUUCGACGUCGCCGAAGCCGAGGCCUGGAUGGGUGAACAGGAGUUGCACAUGAUGUCAGAGGAGAAGGCGAAAGAUGAGCUGAUUGCUCAGGCCAUGGUCAAGAAACAUUUGGGGAUGGAGCAGGCUCUGGAAGAUUAUGCCCAGACUGUCCAUCAACUCUCUGUGCAGAGCCGGGACAUGGUGAAUAACAACCACCCUGAAAGUGAGAGGAUCAAUCUUCGGCAAGGCCAAGUGGACAAGCUCUAUGCCAGCUUGAAGGAUCUGGCAGAAGAGCGUCGGGCCAAACUGCAGGAGCAUCUUCGUCUCUGCCAGCUGAAGCGGGAAGUGGAUGACUUAGAGCAAUGGAUCUCAGAACGGGAAGUGGUGGCGGCCUCCCACGAACUUGGGCAAGAUUAUGAACACGUUACGAUGCUGCGGGACAAGUUCCGGGAAUUCUCACGUGACACCAGCACCAUUGGCCAGGAGAGAGUGGACGGUGUCAACCGUCUGGCGGAUGAGAUGAUCUCCACUGGCCAUUCCGAGAAUGCCACCAUUGCGGAGUGGAAGGACAGCUUGAAUGAAGCCUGGGCAGAUCUCCUGGAACUCAUUGACACUAGAAGCCAGAUGUUGGCAGCUUCUUAUGAGUUACACCGCUUCUACCACGAUGCCCGGGAGACUCUCAGCCAGGUCCAGAACAAACAGAAGCAGCUCCCGGACGAAGCAGGGAGAGACCUCAACACAGCCGAAGCCCUGCAAAGAAUGCACACAGCCUACGAACAUGACAUUCAAGCCUUGAGUGCUCAGGUAAAACAGGUGCAGGACGAUGCAGCGCGGCUGCAGAAGGCCUAUGCCGGCGAAAAGGCUGAUGACAUCCGGAAGCACGAGCAGUCGGUGAGCGAGGCCUGGUCUGACCUCCUCGGCGGCAGCAGUGACCGUCGGCAACUCCUUAUGGACACGGUGGACAAAUUCCGCUUUUUCGGCAUGGUACGAGACCUUCUGCUAUGGAUGGAUGACAUCAACCUUCAGAUAGAUGCCCAGGAGAAGCCCAGGGAUGUGUCAGCUGCCGACCUGGUCAUCAAGAAUCACCAAGGGAUCAAGGCCGAGAUGGAGGCCCGGACCGACAGCUUCAACGCCUGCAUAGCAAUGGGAGAUGACUUGCUGGCUAAGGGGCACUACGCUUCUACGAAGGUUCGUGUAGUGGCAGUGCAGAAGACCGUGGUUAUUGUGAGGAGCUAGUGACGUAUUUUGAGCUCUUCUUCCUAUUAAGAAAACUCUAGAAGCGCAGAGCUCAUUCUGAGCUAACCUGUUUGUUUUCCACUCUGUCUUGCUGAAUGAGGGGAAUCUUCAAGCAGCUUCAAAGUUUUUCCUGCUCUGAAAAUCUCAGACCUUGUAUUCUCAGGUCAGGUUUUAUAGUCUCCUCCCCAUGGCAGGAUCAUGAAAUCAGGGUGCCAAGUUUUGAUUUUUUUUUUAAAAAGUCUUGGGAUUCUUUGUUGGGAGCAUUUGCAAUGGAACCUAGCGCUACUGUGGAAAAAUUGGCCACUGGUCGAGGCAUCUCAACCGUUCUUAUUAAGGAGAUCCUGACAUCCUGUACGCGGUGGCUCAGUGGUUAAGACGCUGGGCUUGUCAAUCAGAAAGGUUGGCAAUUC